AUGACCUGCAAUGAGGAGAAGCUGUCCCCAGUGGAAGGUGACAGUGAGCUCUCCCGAGGGGACAGCAAGAGUUACAAGGAGCUGUCCCUGGGUGAAGAGAAGGAUGAAAAAGAGCUGUCCCAGGGGAACAGUGACAGUGACAAAGAGCUGUCCCAAGGGGUUAACUACGAGGAUGAGAAGCUUUCCCCAGCAGACGCCGAAUGCGAAACAGAGCUGUGGUUUGGGGAAGACUAUGAUGUCCAAGACAUGUCCCCAUGGGAAGAGGAUGACAACAAACAGCUCUCCCAUUGGGAAGAACAAGAAGAUGAAGAGCUCUGCAGUUGGGAACAAGAGGAGGAUGAAGAGCUCUCCCAUUGGGAAGAACACGAGGAUGAAGAGCUCUGCAACUGGGAAGAACGUGAGGACAAAGAUCUGACCAGGAGGGCCCUGCUCGGUGGUAUGGACAGAGAUUCAAGCUUGUCAACUAGACUGCCAGUGGAGAGAGUGUCAAGGCUUCAGAUGGUGCUGGAUUGGCUGGAAGCCAACUUCCCCAAUGAUUAUGAUGCUGAGGAGGAGGAAGAGCAUGAAGCUGACACACACCAAGGACUGUCCAAUCUGAACUGGUGCAAGGAGAAGUCGGAGGCUCCCAGGCAAGAGCUGUUGGACUCCAUGUCGUCUAUCAAUUUCAAUGCUGGUGACAAUGUGCAUUCCAAAGGAGUCCCAGUGGUGUCUCAAGGAGAUGAACCCAUCCAGAACAACAACUGGAACAAACCCUUGGGUUUGGUGGAUGACGAGGACCCCCUGGAAGGACCCAGCUGUUCCAGGCACGUGGGCACAGAGGUGGCAGCAAAGCCAGCCUGUGCUGAUGAGCCCAGUGCCUCUCCUGUCCUGGAGGGUCCCACAGGUGCCAAGCUGGCAGCUGCUGAGGAGGAGGAGCCCCCCAAGCAUCUUGGUGUGGAGGUGACAGAGGCACAGAGCCAGCGCUCUGAGAAGCGUCCCUCCCGCUUCAGGCAGAUGCUGCGGGGGCUGUUCCGGUGUCCCCGCCUGUUGCAGAGGCUGUUCUGGUGUCCCAGGCUGGUGUUGGGGCUGUUCUGGUGUCCCUGCCUGGUGGCACAGCCAGAGGAGUAGUGCCCACACCAGCGCCAGCCAGGCCUGGAGGGGGAGGCAGAGCAGCGCUUGGGCAGGACAGAUGUCCCAGUUGUGGUUCCUGGAGGUCAGCACAACCCAGCACUGCAAGCACAGGACUGGGGCCAAGAGCACAAAGACCCCCAAAGCCGCUGACCUUUUUCCAGAAGGCUCUCAAAGAACAGACUGUGCAGGAGGCCCAGUUUGCACAGAGGUGCGAAACUCAUUUCAGGGUGGGGAACCCAGUCCAUAAAAGGGUGCCCCCAACCAAGUCCCUGAGCCUGGACAUCCCAACAGCUGGAUCAUUGCUGGAAGCAGGAGUAAUGUCCCCUCAUAUGGAACCAUGCUGGAGCCAGGAGAGACAUCCUGUCACCUGGAACCAUGCUGGAGCCAGGAGUGAUAAUCUCUGCCCCCUUCUUUCCUUGUCUUUCAUUCUGUCUGUCACUUUAUAAUUCAUCUUUUCCUUUUUCUCUACCCUUUCACCCUUUCCCUUUAUCCCAAACUUUUAUUGUAGGUCAGAGAUUAAUGUAGCAGUUGUAUAGCAAUAAGUCAAAUUAACAAAAUAUUAAUACAUUUAAUGUAUUAAAAAAAUAAUCACAAGUGUUUAACAGAAGUUUUUUAUUAUUUUGUGGAUGCUCCAAGUUUUAUCGUUGUUUUUGUCCUUGAGCAUUUAUGAUUCUUGGGUGUUUCCUUCCUCUUGUGGGUGGGUGAUCAAUAAAAAAUGCUGCUUUUUCCAAUUGGGCUUGUCUGUGCCUGGUCCACCUCGAGAGCAAGGCAGGUGCUGGCAGCAUAAAUAGUUAUGGGAUCAUGGAAUAUCCUGGGUUGCAGGGACCCCCAGGGACCCCCCAGUGCCAGCCCAGAGCCCAC